UCACGCACGAAACACUGAAGUGAAAUUGACACGAAACUCCAGGGAAACGGGAAUGACUUUAGAAACGUGUGCAUUGAUUGUUACACGUACGAAGGACAUCUUCAAUAGAAGAAGCUUUGCCAAAAAGUCGAUUUGGUGUUUUGUAAGAGGAAAAGAAAAAGAAGUAAAGCUGAGAAAUGACAUCAAUAAGACUGASGCCUAAAUUAAUUAUCCAGUUGACAAUAUCAAUUAUUAUCAUUGUUAUAUUAUAUCACAUUUUCCCGAUAAUCAAACUUGCCGAUCGAAUUAUCCCACCGAAACUCAAGGUUAUCGAACUUACUGAUCCAUCUACCAAUCCGACACUCAAGGAUGUCAAGCUGACAGAUCCAGCYAGUACCCCUCCGAAAGCCACGGUCGUCAAACUGACAGAUCCACCYAGUACCCCUCCGAAAGUCACGGUCGUUAAACUGACAGAUCCACCUACCCCUAAGAAAGUCACGUUCGUGCAACCACCCAGAGAUCAACUUCCUCCAGUAUGUGGUGACCCUUCUGACUUUAUUGAUCCAGACACUACUGUACUUCCUAACAGGCCAAACGUCGACUUGUUUAUAAACAUCCCCGCGGCUGGACACCUUUACAUUCGAAGAAAAACGCUAAGAGAAGGUUGGUUAUCAACCGUUAAGCACUAUUCAGUYGCGUACCGUUUCUUCACCGAUGAAAUAGSUAUUAAACCUGAAAUAAGAAAAAAUGUUACAGAAGAACAGGAAAAAUAUAAAGACAUCGAAUUUAUACCAACCAGAAAUGGAUAUUGGCUUACUCAUCGAUAUCUCUUCGCCAUGUUUUGGGCAUAUAAACAUUAYAAUUUCUCAUUUUAUAUGAAAGUGGAUGAUGAUUAUUUUGUCUGCYUGAAUAACUUGCAAAACGAUCUCCAGUAUCGAAAACACGAAAAGCUUCUAUACUGGGGUCAUUUUGGCUGUGAUCCAAAAAUGGUGGCGAUGGACGAAGGGUUUUUGAUCAUAACAACUGAUCUUGUUCGUGARAUCAUGAAGAGGAAUAAUUCCCUCUGCUGCUCUCCUUUUGGUGGACAAAUGAUAGCAAUGUGGAUCAAUCUACUGGAGAAAGAAGGACAUGAUGUUACCUACUUUCCAGAUAAUCCACGAUUGAUGCACUACAGAAGUUACUUAAAGAAAGAACAUAGCAAUAUGUGUAAGGAGAUUCUAGGAAUACAUCAGGCCUAUCCUGAACACAUGGCUAGGUACUGGAGUAUUACCAAAGAUAAUUGGUACUCCAUUAAAUCUGAUGAGUUUCUGAAGGUARAAAGAAAAAAAUACAGCGACUAUUGUUCGCGGCCCAAAGUCUGGGACUGGAGAGUACUCAACCCAUUUUGGAGGCAUCAACCAAAGCCUUGCUGGGARCCUGGACUCCGCUGGCCAGAACUUGAAAAGUAUAAAGAGGUUCAAAGUAGAGAGCGUGACGAGAAAAACAAAUAGUUGACCAUACACUGUAAAAGCUUGCUGGUUAAUACAACCAAAGAGAGACAUAUUGACUAUGUCACUUAUGCAUGCGAACUUACGUGUAGGUAUUUUGCGUUAUGCUUUUAGUGCUAUUAUAUUGUUUAUUUUAUAAAUACAACAAAUUAAUUAGUUUUAAUUUUUAAUUUCAAUCUAGGGUUAUCCUGGUCACCUUUCUGUAAUUGGUUAUGUAUGAUUUUAUAGGUAUAAAGGAUUUUAUCACAAGGAGAUGCUCGUGCAACUGAGAAAAACAAUGAUUAUUUUAAUAAUUUGAUAAUAUCUUUAAUAAUUCAGUAAAGUAAAUUAAAGUAGUACAUUUGAUAUCAAUGAAAACUGAGAAAAACAUUAAUGAUUAUUUUAAUAAUUUAAUUAUCUUUAAUAAUUCAGUAAAAAAACAUAAUAAUACAUUUAAGUAAUAGUACAUUUGAUAUCAGUGUAUAUUACACUUGAUACUAUGGAGACUGUAGGGCACAGUCAUCUGAAAGCAGUCAUGUUUAUGAACUGAAUAAUAUCUUCUCAUUGUACAUUUUUACAAUAAAUUUCAUGGUCAAUAGAUGCUAAUAAAUGAACGUUUUUGUUU